AUGCGAACGUUGGUAUUCGUUACUGGGAACGUGAAUAAAGUGAGAGAAGUGCGCGCUAUCCUUGGAGAUCGGUUCACGAUUGAGAAUGAAGACAUCGAUUUGCCGGAAUAUCAAGGAGAACCGUCUGAAAUAGCUAGGCUUAAAUGUUUAACAGCCUCACAACAGCUACAGCGAGCUGUUGUAGUUGAAGAUACUUGUCUGUGUUUUAAUGCUCUUGGAGGCUUACCCGGGCCAUACAUCAAGUGGUUUCUCAAGAACUUAAAACCCGAUGGUCUGUACAAAUUGUUGGCUGGUUUUGAAGAUAAAACCGCAUAUGCGCAAUGUAUAUUUGCAUAUUGCGAAAAUUCAUCUCAACCUGUUCUCCUCUUCGAAGGAAGAACGAACGGAAGAGUAGUUAAACCGAGGGGAGAGACGAAUUUCGGUUGGGAUUCGUGUUUUGAGCCAGAAGGUUUCUCGCAAACAUACGCAGAAAUGGGUUCUGCAAUAAAAAAUACAAUCAGUCAUAGAAGUAAGGCUCUGGCAGAACUGAAAAAUUAUUUUGAGAAUAAAUUUCAACAAUAA